GUUGACAAUUUGACACAUGUGACAGUGACUUUUGUUGGACAAUGCUGACCUUAUUGCGUCACUAAACGAGCACCGCCGUCAUCGCAAAUAAUUUAGUAUCAGAUUAUUUGGUAUAAUGUAGAUUAUUUUUCUUUAUUAUUACGUUAAAAUAUCAAUAUUAAAAAUGUCCUGUUCUGCGUUAUACAUACUGGACGUGAAGGGCAAAGUCCUUAUAUCCAGAAAUUACCGUGGCGAUGUUGACAUGGGGGUGAUUGAUAAAUUCAUGCCAUUUCUCAUGGAAAAAGAAGAAGAAGGUAUGCUAACACCACUCUUGCAGACUAGCGAGUGCACAUUCGCCUAUAUCAAAACUAACAACUUAUAUAUUGUUUCAACUACUAAGAAAAAUGCUAAUAUUGCAUUAGUAUUUGUGUUUUUGUAUAAAAUUGUUGAAGUUAUGACAGAGUAUUUCAAAGAACUAGAAGAGGAAAGUAUUCGCGACAACUUCGUGGUUAUAUAUGAAUUGCUUGAUGAACUGAUAGACUUUGGAUAUCCGCAAACUACUGAUAGCAAGAUCCUACAGGAAUAUAUUACACAAGAGGGACACAAAUUAGAAAUGCAACCCCGCAUACCUAUGGCCGUUACUAAUGCCGUCUCUUGGAGGUCUGAAGGCAUUAAAUAUAGGAAAAACGAAGUAUUUUUAGAUGUUAUCGAGUCUGUCAAUUUAUUAGCUAAUUCUAAUGGCAAUGUACUUAGGAGUGAGAUUGUUGGUGCAAUCAAAAUGAGGGUCUACCUAUCUGGUAUGCCAGAAUUACGUCUAGGUUUGAAUGACAAAGUUCUUUUUGAAAGCACAGGUAGAGGUAAAUCUAAAUCAGUGGAACUUGAGGAUGUAAAGUUCCACCAGUGUGUUAGACUGUCUCGUUUUGAAAAUGAUAGAACUAUAUCAUUUAUUCCUCCUGAUGGAGAGUUUGAGUUGAUGUCCUACAGGUUGAACACGCAUGUGAAACCUCUGAUUUGGAUUGAGUCUGUUAUUGAGCGGCAUGCACAUUCACGAGUUGAGUAUAUGAUCAAGGCAAAGUCCCAGUUUAAGAGACGUUCUACAGCCAACAAUGUUGAAAUAAUUAUUCCUGUGCCAGCUGAUGCCGACUCACCAAAAUUUAAAACAACUAUUGGCAGUGUCAAGUAUACUCCAGAACAGAAUGCAAUAACAUGGUCUAUCAAGUCAUUCCCAGGAGGCAAGGAAUAUUUAAUGAGAGCACAUUUUGGGCUGCCCUCUGUUGAAUGUGAGGAGGUAGAUGGCAAACCACCAAUUCAAGUGAAGUUUGAGAUCCCAUACUUCACUACAUCUGGCAUUCAAGUUAGAUAUCUCAAGAUUAUAGAAAAGAGUGGGUACCAGGCUUUGCCAUGGGUACGAUAUAUUACACAAAAUGGAGACUAUCAGCUAAGAACUAAUUAAAUAAAUAAUUAUUAUACAGUUUUAACUACAUUCCUUUUUACUUACAAAUGAAUGCACUAUGUUAUUAUGAUUAUUGUUUGCAAAACUGUUAAGUCUGUUGUAGUAAGUAAUCAAUUUAUUGGUAAAGUAUUAUAAUUAUUAUGGAUAUUUGACACAUUAAUAAAUUAAUAUACACAAAA